CCGCUAUCCCACAUUGACAACACUGCUCUGAAUACAUACUUCAUAAACUUUUGAUUUACGAUGGCUGGGGAUCAUAGCUCCUGGUCGCGAGCAUUGACGCAGAUCUCUCCCUACACCUUUUCAGCUAUCGGUAUUGCCAUCUCCAUAGGCGUUUCAGUAUUAGGAGCUGCUUGGGGGAUCUAUAUAACCGGAAGUAGCUUGAUUGGCGCUGCCAUCAAAGCUCCUCGCAUUACCUCCAAAAAUCUCAUCAGUGUAAUUUUUUGUGAGGCAGUUGCUAUAUAUGGUGUCAUUGUGGCUAUCAUACUCCAAACAAAGCUUGAGAGUGUCCCUGCCUCCCAGAUCCAUGCACCAGAGUCCAUUGCAGCUGGCUAUGCAAUUUUCGCUUCAGGGAUAAUUGUUGGGUUUGCCAAUCUUGUGUGCGGGAUAUGCGUUGGAGUGAUUGGAAGCAGUUGUGCUUUAUCUGAUGCACAAAACUCUACACUUUUUGUUAAGAUUCUGGUGAUUGAGAUAUUCGGUAGUGCAUUGGGGCUCUUUGGAGUUAUAGUAGGAAUAAUCAUGUCGGCUCAAGCAACUUGGCCAUCCAAGGCUUAGUGAGUUGUACUUGACGUUGCAUUAAAG